AUGAUAAAUAAAUUAACACCACAAACAUAUGAUCAAUUACAAAAACAAUUUUUAGCUUUAGAUUUUGAUUCUUAUGAAAAACUAGAAGGAAUGAUUAUGAUAUUGCAUUCUAAAGCUAUUGAUGAACCACAUUAUAGUUUUCUAUACGCAAAAUUAUGUAAACAACUUCGAAAAAAAUAUGUGAAUGUCACAGAUAAACAUGGUAGAUUAAAAAAACACACGCUUCGCCCAUUAUUAAUGAUAUAUUGUAAGAAAGAAUUUAAUAAUGAUGAUAUACAAGAAAGUGAAUAUGAAAAGAGAAAACUUGAACUUGAAACUAUAACAGAUGAGAAAAAGCAUCAAGAAGAAGCUGAGAUAUUAGAAAAUCUUAUUAAAGCUAGAAGAAGAAAAUUAGACAAUGUUGUUUUUAUCGGUGAGCUAUUUCAAGUACAAAUGUUAAGUUAUACUAUCAUAUAUGAUUGUAUUGAAUUUUUACUUCGUGAUAAAACUAAUGAAGCAAGUCUUGAAUGUUUAUGUAAUCUUUUACAUACUAUUGGUGACAAACUUGAUAAUAAAGUUAAGAAAAAAAACACAAAUAGAUCCAAAUUGGAAAAAUAUUAUUUUGAUUUAAAUACUAUUAUAAAAGAACAAAGAGUAUCCGCACAUAUUCGUUUUAUGAUUCAAGAUCUUCUAGAAUUAAGACAAGAAUCAAGUAGAAAACAAGAAAAUACAAUAGACACUUACCCUCAUGCUAAUACUCUAACACAAAUACAAUCUAACGACGAAUCAAAUCAAGCACCAUUUUCCUUGAAUUUAACAGCAUCACUUUGUGUACGAACAAAAGAAUUAGAUAUUGAGAAGAAGCUUGUAUAUGCUCGUUCAUUAACUGAACAGCAAGAAAAUUCAAUAAAAAAUUUCAUUCAUCAUUCUACUCUAAAAACCCUUGAAUGA